UUAACGUUUAACAUUGAGGUUUCAUCGAGAUAAUCUGUAUUCUGUGUAUUUUAUGAUUUUUUAAACUCAAUUAUUACUUUUUUAUUUAAUGGAGACUAAAAUAAAUUUACGAAAAAGUAUCUAUUUAAUUGGUAAUAGUUUACAUCACCUCGUUGGUUGUAAAUUACCAUCAAAUAAAUAAAUUCUAUCGGUAUUGUUUUUUAAUAUUCGAGAAGUUAAUUUGAGUGUUCGUGAUAUUGCGCGUUUAGUGAUCGAUGAAACAUUGAUAUUCUGGCAAAAAGCUCGAAUACCUACUAAAGAAGUUCGUAAUUGUUUACCAAAAUUAGAGGAAUUGUACAAUACAUGGCGUAAUUUGCAAAAAAAUUCAAGUCGGCGUACAAAUACUCAGAUAGAUAAAGAAAAUAAAUGUGUACAAUGUUCUGAUGAGCUAUUUGAUAUUGCUCAUGCAGAUGCAUUAGACAUGAUGACUAUUGAUAUAGACAAGCAGUUUUUAAUAAGUCAAAAACAAAAAGGUCGUCCAGGAUCACUUAUUGGCGUUGAUGUAACUUACCAAAAAAAAGAAUUUAAGCAAUUUAAAAAAUUAAAAGAAUUUGAGAAAAAAAGAAAACUUAAUGAAGAUGAAUUCAAAUUAACUACUAAAACUGUGGAAUUCUGUUCUACAAGGGACGACACAGAAGAAAGUUUGCCUGAUGAUUUUGUAAACAAUGAUGACUUCAGUAAUUUGUUUGAUGGCAAUGUUAAAAUAACUAAAGAGCAAAUAUUAAAUUUAGAAGAUAUUAAUUUUUCACCGUGUCCGUCUAAUAAAACUAAUGUUUUGCCAAUAUCAAGCUCCAUAAAACAAAGAGGUACAAUAGACAUAAUGACUGUAAAGUUAUCUUCAGCAUUAUAUAGGUGCAAAAUAAGCGACCGAGACGCAGUGCACAUUAUAAUUGCAGUGGCUGAAUCAUUAGGGCAUGAUGUCAAUGAUAUCAUAGUUAAUAGGUCAUCAAUUAAACGACAUCGUGAAAAAAUAUGUUGGAAUUUAGCUACAGAAAUUCGCGACAAAUUUUCUGUGACUAAUCUCAAUGCCUUAGUUUUACAUUGGGACGGCAAAUUAUUACCUGAUUUAUGUAGUAAACAAAUAGUCGAUAGACUACUUAUAAUUAUUUCAAAUAAUGGAAAUGACCAACUAUUAGCAGUACCAAAGAUGUUAAACGGUACUUCUAAAUCACAGGCUGAGGCUAUAUAUCAAACGUUGGUCGAUUGGGGUUUAACAAACCACGUAAAAGCUAUGUGUUUGAAUAUUACAGCCACUAACACAGCUAACUUUCCAGUCCUCGGCAAGUGACGUAGACGCGCACUGUAUAUACCAAUCGAGAAAAAUUGUGAAACGGUACUAGGGACUCAGGAGGAAGGCAAUGAAGGUGGACAAUUUGAUUUCCGAGACUCGGUAAUUUACAAAAAAAAAAAAAGUUGAAAAAAUAGUAUCAGGAAUUCAAUUUUGUUAAACUUUUAACUUUUUCGAGCCUUUUAGAUUGUUUGCAGUGGCAGCUCGUGGAUGCUGGCGGUGGGGAUGCGACUUUAAAUAUGAUACCCUAUUCAUAGGUAUAAAAUACUUUCAAAUUAAAUGUAAUACAGUAAAAUACAAUACAUAUAUUAUUAUUUUAAACGUCGCAGUAGAAAAUAGAAACGAAAAUAAUAAUAAUAGCAAUUAUACUAUUAUAGCAACCUAUAGCGACAAUUAAUUAUAAAAAUAAAUUACCCAAUAUAGUAAUAUACUAAUAUUUUAUUGUACGGACGACCCUGUUGGUAGUCCAAACACUGCUCGCGUGUGUAUUUUUACUCGCUUAUACUAAGGAAAAUAACUUUAAUGUUCGCACACGACAAAUGUAUAAUAACUAUUUUAAUAUUUAAAAAUUUCUAUUUUUAAUAAAAAUGUAGAAUUAAGAAUUUACAAUUAAUUUUCUUCUUUUAAUUAUUUUUAGUAGGGGGUGCGAUCGUCCCGUCGCCCAACCCAAAGACGCCACUGAUUGUUUGAUAUUCAUUUUUACAUAUUGGAUGAAUUUUACAAUCAAACAGAUUUAUACUUGGCAAUAGUGACAAUCAACUGUUUUAUACAGUUUUAUUUGUUCUAUGAGUUGACUAAUACUGGUAUUAAAUAAAGUCUUUAUUUUUUUAUAUUAUUAUUUUUGUUGAAACGAUCAUAAUAAAGUAACAAUAACCAAAACACGAGAAGAAUAACAUUAUUAUUGGUGAAAUGUGUUUAAUCAUUCUCUUUACUGUUUAAUUAAUCGCCGAACAGUUAUAAUUAGGAUAUAUAUAUAUAUAAUAAGUACAACGUGUUUAUGCAUAUCAAAAACAAUAGUCAAAUGAUUUGUAUUUUACGCAAUUUUCUCGGCACGAAUAUCUUAAAAUAAAAGACUAAAUUUAGUAAUCUGAAAAUUGGCCGAAUGCACACGGUGUAAGAUUUUGUACUUGAACACUGCGUGCCCGACAGUGAAUUGUGCAAUUUGUGUCCAAAAUAAAAAUAUGUUAAAAAAAUAAUAAUAAUUGAAAUACAAUGUCAACUAUGAAUUAACAUAUUUUACAUGUGUUGGAACACAUUACGGACAAUUUAUAAAUUAUCUGAAGGCCUGUUUCGUCUAGGUUGUCUAAACUAUUAUAAAGUAUAAUACUAGAUAUAGAUUAUUAUAUUCUAUAACCAAAAAAUAGAUACUAUUAGCUACUUAAAAUCUGGGUUGAAAGUGAAUGUUUAAUCAUUGGAAAUAUCGUUUAAACUUAUACAAAUAAUUUACCCAUCUCGAUAUUAAUUUUAAAAUUUCAUAACAGGUUUUAAAUUUUAUAUUUGACAUCAUGGUCUUCAAAAUAAAUUUAUCUAAAAUUUUGUAUUAUUAUGAAACUUUUCAAAUAAAAAUUAUUUUUUAAUAAUUUUAAAAAUUAACGUUAAUUAUUAAGGUUUUAUUGGACAUUGAUGUUGAUCUGGGUGUAAUUUCAGCACGGUUUGCUUCUGACAAGUUAAAUCCUUGCAAAAAAAAGCACGUACGAUUACAACUGAUCUAAAGUUAGCAAACAUUAUAACAGAAAUAAUAAUUCAUACGAGUUGUUUGUGGCAACCUAAGGACCAUUAAUAAAUGACACUUGGAUCAAGGAUGGGAAGAAUACAUUAGCUUUUUAGAAUGAACAUGUGAUCGAGUUUUUGCAUCACGAUUUUAAAUGAACUUCAAAUAAGUAAACAUUGUUAAACAGUCGCUCUGAUUACUCAGAACAAAUAUUUCGUGCUGUUUGUGAAUACUAUUAUUAUCAAUUUUAAAAAUUCAUUUUUAAAGUGUUAUAUGUUACAUAUAAAUUGUAAUAUUUGCAAGUCAUGUUUAAUUAUAAUAAUUUUAUUAUAAUUAAUAGUUAUAUCAAAAUAUAAAGUAAUAUAUA